AUGAGUGGAAGUCAAGAGGAAGUUGUUAAAGAAUUUGUGAAGGAGCUACAAAGUAUGCUCGAAACAAAAUCACCAAUAUCAAAAGCCAAGAUGAUGUCAAUAACAAAAGCAGCAAUUAAAAGUAUUAAGUUUUAUAAACAUGUUGUGAUGAAUAUUGAGAAGUUUAUUGCAAAAUGUAAACCAGAAUACAAAAUUCCUGGAUUAUAUGUAAUUGAUUCGGUUAUUAGACAAUCCAGACAUCAAUAUGGAUUGGAAAAAGAUAUUUAUGGAACUCGAUUUGCUAAAAAUAUUGUUACAACAGUACAAAAUAUUCAUAAAUGUCCACCAGAAGAAAAAAACAAAAUUACACGUGUAUUGAAUUUAUGGCAAAAGAAUAGUAUAUUUGCUCCUGAUAUAUUAAGACAAUUAUUUGAAAUUCACAAUAAUGGCGUUAUUACUGAUUUAAAAUCUGAUUCAUUAAUACUAUUCGAUGAAAAGAAGAAUGAUAAAACUCUAUUUGAUUCAUCCAUAUCAUCAAAUCGUCAGUUGGGGCGUUUUCAAAAAUUACAUGAAACAUUAAUGCGUGCUCAAGCUACAGGCGACACAGAUACAACAUCGAUAUUGACGGAAAUACAACAAAUAACAAAUCAGUUAUUAGGAUCCCAAAAGAAAUCAGAUGAUAGUGACAAUUAUAAUAAUAAUACGCCAAUAGUUUCAGCCACUGUUACAACAAAUUCAGAAACAAUGCCUUCAAUUGUUGGCAGUGUAUUGGACGAUUUUGAUUAUGGUUCUGAUGAAGAUGAUGAACUAUCAUUAGCUGGAAAAACAACUGGUCGACAAGUGUCUCAGCCGCCACCAGCUUCUUUUGGAAAGACUCCGACCACGCACUUAACAUCAAAUCAAAUUUAUUUUGCACCAUCUGGUUCCGACCAGAGAUAUUUACAACCACCUCUCUUGUACAAUAACAAUCCUUCAUCGUUUUCUGGGCUCAAUACUUCAUUUCCAAUAUCAUUUGAUCCGAAUCGACCUCCUCCUGUCUAUUAUCCGAAUGCACAGCAAACUCUUCCGUCAUCUACUGAACAACAACAACAUGAGUAUAAUUAUCCAACAUCAUAUCAACAACUACCACAUGAACCUAAUGACGUUGAUCUAAGACCAGAAGACAUGGAUGCUGAUAGCUUUGAAGAAUCCCCACAACCAUUUGGCGCAAAUGACAGCCAUUAUUCUCGCGGAAAUAGACGGUCACGGUCGAGAUCCGAUUCAAGAGAUCGUAAACGUCAACGCUCGUCAUCUGGCUCUAUCAAUAGACGGGAUGCUGCUGCAUCUCGUUUAAAAGAAACUGAACGGAAAGAACGUCGUCGAAAAGGUUUGCCGCCGCUGAAAGAAGAUCAUCUUGUUGUUAGUUCCAGAACAUUAUGGUUAGGACAUUUACCAAAAAUGGUUUCAGAAUCGGAUUUACGUGAAACACUUGAACCACACGGUGAAAUAAAUGAUAUCAAUAAUAUACCACCGCGUGGUUGUGCGUUUGUAUGUUUUAAAGAAAGACAAGAUGCGGCUAGAUGUUUAGAAAAAAUGAAAGAUUUUAAAUUUCAAGGAAACUCGAUUAAAGUCGCAUGGGCGACGAACAAAGGUGUCAAAGAUCGUUUUAAAGAUUAUUGGGAUGUUGAACAUGGUUGUACUUAUAUACCAUAUAGUGAAUUAAAAGAUGUUAUUAGUACAAUGAGUUUAAAGAGUUUAGCUGAGGGUGGUGCUAUUGAUGAUGAAUCGAUUCCACCAUUUUUAAAAUGUAAAAAAUUUUUAAAUCUGAUCCUUAUCGAUCUUAUAUUUUGUUGUUUUGGCUAUUUAGCGCCAUCAGUAUCAUCAGCAGCAUCGGACAAUAAGAUUGUAUUGAAGACAUCUCAAUCUGGACUUUUGCCGCCUCCACCUGCUUCGUUUUCCGAUCAAAUGCUAGUUGCUCAAUCGACAUCGCCGAGUGUUCUCAUUCAAACUACACGUUUUGAUACGCCAGGAGGACGUUCGCAGCAACGACAGCAAGAUCUAUCUGGUGAAAUCCAAAUAACGUCGAACGGUCAAUUAUCUCAUCAACAUGUAUCUUUACUACAAGCCUCAUCGACAGGAGGUCUUGUUCGUACUAGUCUUCCAGGACAGUUUCAACAGCAAGAAAUUCCUCUAAUGUCGCAGUCCAGUUUUCAAGCUGGCGUUCCUGUACAAAUGUUACCACAGCUUAUUCACGUGCAAUCGGCCUCAGGUCAUCCACAACUUCAACAAUUACAACUUGUGCAACGAAUAUCCGGAACAGUAUUACCCAAUGGACAAAUUAUUCGUCAAGUUCCGUACGGUCACAUGGUUUCUCAACAAGGUUUACCAUUACAUCACAGUGCUGCUGAUAUUAAAGAAAUGAACACUCAAACUAUCUCUGUCGGUAGUCCAACAUUAAUUCAGCUUCAACCUACUUCAAUUGCCGGACAUCAGCUACCUUUAAUUCGAACAAAACAAGACCCAAAUGACUUUCUCUCUAAUACCCCGCUAACAUCUGCAAAUAGUCUUCAGUCUCCACAUUCAAAUCAGAUUUCUAGCGAUAACGAGCCACAGCAGCCACCAACGACCACGUUUACGCUUGCGAGUCAUGAUCAAUCAGUGAUAGAUAAUCAAAGAGGACAUAUGAAUUUUAAUAGUAAGGAUAUAGUACCUCAGAUGGGAAUUUCUCAAAUGAAUCUCGUUCAACAUCAGCAACGUCCAGCCGUAUUUCAUCACCAACAUCCACACCCACCACAUAAUGGAUCACGCUUUUCAUCGACAGCUCAAUUUAUCACUACUGUGGGAGGGCAACCAUUAAUUGCAAAUCCGGCACGUAGCGGUGGACCAAUUCUUAUACGAACGCAAGAUGGGCAAUCAAUAUUGCCGACUCCUAAUUCUCCAUCUACACCACAGCCGCAACACCCAUUUGCACGUGGAGCUCUUUUGCCGACUCCACCCAACUUACCUGAACUAGAAAAUUCUAUCAGUAAUACUCCUCCAUCUGGACGCUAUCGAAAUCCUCGUUCCGCUCAACAGGAAGAUGAUAAUAUUUCAAUAGAAAAAGAGGAAGAAGAUCGUUCAUCGUAUCGAGGACAUCGUGGCUCGAGAAGGCCGUUUUAUAAUCGCGGUGGUGGAAUGACACGCGGAAACAGAGGAGGUUAUGAUCAUCAAGAUAGUGGCGGUCGAGGACAGUAUCAUCGAGGUGAUUUUCGUGGUGGCCGUGGCGGCGCACAUGAGACAAUGAGAGGAAGAAAUCCAGGCGGCAGCGGUGGUAGUCGUUUUCGUGGUGAGAAUACAUCAUCCAGCAUUAGUGGAAAUUCCGAUAGACGUCGGCCACAGAGUCCACCAUCAAGUGCAUCAUAUAAUCGUGGAAAUGAACGAUUAAGAGAUGAUAUGAGACAUGAUGACUAUCAUAAUCGUCGUACCGGUCAACAGCGAUUUUCUCAACCAUCACAGCAAUUUAAUUCCAGUGACCGUGAGUCUCGUCGUUUACCGGAAGAAGCACUACGUCCGCAUAAAACACAAUUUGAAACAAGAAAUGACUAUCGUUCUCAUCCUUUAAAUGGCGAUCUAUCAACAGGACAUAACACUGAUAAAGUUGACACAUCAACAUUGAUAUCUUCAAAUAUUCCAACAAAUUCGGAUGACAAUAAUAAUUCAAAAAAUGAAGAUAUUGUCAUCGACUAUAUCACAUGUCAAACAGUAGAAAUAAAAUAUAUUACAUAUGAUAUUGAACAGUAUGGUGUCAAUGGUGGAAUAUUUACAACUAGAAAUAGUCAUUUUAGAGAUACCUCUUUUGUUGAUAAAAUAGGUCCAAAUUUUCCUGGCUAUUACCCACAAGAUAUUAUUGUAUUUUACCGUUUUAUAUCAAAUUCAAAUUAUCGUGUACAAGUUGAUAUUGGUUUUUUUCAAAUAAGAGGUGUAACGCCUCAAUGUACACAUGACUAUCUUGAUGUAUAUGUAAAUGUAUCAGACGUUGAUAUAUUAACAAAUGAAAAUUUGUUACAUCGAUAUUGUGGACGAAAUAAACCAAAAACAUUGGUAUCAUUGUAUCAUAUUAUUGUAUUCGGUUUUUUUACUGAGGAUACUCAAGCAGAACGAGGUUUUAAUGGUACAUUUAAAUUUAUAUCCGCAUUGCCCUUUCGUCAUAAUUUAUAUCGUGAACCGUGUCAUUAUAUUUUUAACAGUUCAAUAAGUAAAACAGGUGAAUUUUUUUCAUCAACCUAUCCUGGUACCUAUUUACCGUGGCAAUUUUGUAAUUAUUCAUUUAUUGGUCAACCCGAUGAACGUGUUCAUAUAAGAUUUAAUGAUUUAAUGAUCUAUAAAACUCCUGGUACUCAACAUUGUGCAAUUGAUAUGAUAAAAUUAUAUGAUAAUAAUCUUGAUUCAGAAGAACUACAACGAUUUUUAAAUAGUUUUUCUACAUGGUCAGCAAAUAUUAAUAAUUAUCAAUUACCACAACCGUAUCGAACAAAUUUUGAUCAUAUAACAGAUUUAUGUGGAACAUUUUUAUCACCUCUCGAUGUUUAUUCAAAAAGUUCACGAUUAUUAUUGUAUUUUAUAGCCACACAUUACGAUGAAUUAGCAUCAUAUACAGGUGAAGAUGAUCCAUCAGCAUCAGACUACAGUUGGAGAAAAGGUUUUUCUGCACAAUAUGAAUUUUCAAAAGAAUUAACAAAAUUAGAUUUUAUUAUACCUAAACGUGGACAAUAUUUAUUGGGAACUGAGUGUGAUCAAACAAUAAAAUCCUAUGGACAAGGACAAGGAAAAAUCUUUUCACCCAAUUGGCCAAAAUAUUAUAAACCUCAAACAUCGUGUUCAAAUUAUUUUCUUGGUCUUGAUGAUCGAUAUACAUUAGAAAUUGUUGAAAUUCAAUUUGAACAAUUUAAUAUCGAUUGUUCUUUGGCCUAUAUCGUCUUAUAUAAUUGUAGUCGAAUAUACGAUAAUAAACAACGUUUACCAACAACAUCAUAUACAUCUUCUUAUAGUAAUUAUUAUAAACAGACACUUGAUUUUAAACCAAAUCUUACAUUUUGUGGAACAUUUAAACCUGCAGGUAAAUUUGUAUCAAAAUCAGCUUUAUUAAAAAUGGAUUAUAUACCGGUUGAUCGUAAUACAAAAUCAUCAUUGAAACAUGGUGGAUGGUUUCAAGCUAAUUACCAUUUUAUAAGAUCAUAUCAUUAUGUAUCAGCUGACGAAUAUGAUUUAAAUCCAUCAUCGUGCAAUUUAUCAUAUUAUCAAACACGUAAAUUUGAACCACCACGAUCAUCUGACAAUGAUUAUUUUUCUCGAACAAAUUGUACAUUUAAUUUUUAUCCAUUAACAACAGUUGAUGAUACAAUUGAUAAUCGAGUAUUAAUUUGGUAUGAUUAUUUUAAUAUUGUCGAUAUUGAUACGAAAACAUGUACACAAGAUAAUUUAACGUAUUCAUUUCAAUUAAAACAUGAUAUUCAAUUUCAACAUCAUAAUAAAACUUAUUGUGGUUAUCGAAAUUUUCCUGCACCCUAUCUUACUUAUCAAUCGACAUCAUUAUUACGUUUAUUAUUUCAAACAAAUGAUGAUAAUAAUGGUGGAUUAGGUUUUGAUGGUCGAUAUAAAUUUUUAAAUAAAACAACGACAUUAAGUUCAAUAGUAAGUGAAUGUUCAUCACCAUUUGACAACUAUAUUUAUAUUGAUGAAAAAGAUCAACAAAGUGGUAGUAUAACAUCUCCAAAUUAUCCAAAUUCUUAUCCAGAACAAGUUGUUUGUGAAUGGAAAUUAAAAACAAAUCCUGGUUAUUAUUUUAGUAUAAUUAUUAAUACAUUGGAUGUAGAAGGAUCUCUAAAAAAAGAUCCACCCAUUGGAUGUCAAACAUCUGUAUUACGUAUUAUUCAUGGUAAUAAACAAAAAGACAAUAGAGGUAACUAUGUGAAUAAUGAAUUAUGCGGAAAUGAUUUAUUUGAUGAUGAUUCACCAUAUUUACAUUUAAAAUAUCAUUUAACAAUUGAAAAUUGGUUUAUUGUUCAAUUUAUAUCAUUAUCACGCUUAACCAAAGAACAAUUGAUUGGUUUUAAUCUUACUUGGACAUUGGUAAGAGAAUAUGAUAUAAAUGAAACAAAUCCAUGUUUAGGCGAUUUUGAUUGUGGAAAAAUGUGUAUAUCACCAACACUUGUUUGCGAUGGUUAUACAAAUUGUGAACCAUUUAGUAAAAAUGAUGAAUUAAAUUGUGAAAAUAUUAAUCAAAUAUCAUUUUUAAGAAAGCAUAUAGUUCUAAUUAUUAUUCUUUGUGUAUUUUGUAUUAUGAUGUGCUGUUUUCUAUUAUUAUUUAUUUUAUUAUUACUAAGAACAAGAAGAAAACGACGAGCAACACCAUCACUAUCGAAUCAGGCGAGGAUAGUGACUAAUCAUACGAAUAAUAAUCAUAUCAACAAUAACAAUAAUAAUAGCAGUAAUAAACCAACAGCUAAUAGACGUCUAGUCGAUACUGUUCGAAAAAAAAAGAAAAAAAGGUGUUUGACGAAAAAUAAUAGUCGACCAUUUUUAGAUACCUAUGAUUGGGAUAGAGUAGAUAUGUUAGAACAAAAUGUAACCACAGUGUGA